AUGGUGGGUGACAGUGACGCAGGCGCAGGCCCGGUUUCGAGCUGCGUUAAACGUAAGCGUACAUCUCGAGUCACGAGUGGGCAGCUUGAGAUAUUAUUGUCCAAGCUGGAAGCUAGUCCACAUUUGUACACAAGAAAAUUUAGUGGCCUGCACGGCAAGGAAUUUUUUGAAAAGGGCUGGAGGGAAGUUGCCGACGAGCUCAACCAGCUUCCCAACGGAUCCGUCAAGACGCCUGAGCAGUGGAUAACAGUAUGGAGAGACUUCAAAUACCGGGCCUGCACUAAAGCGGCAAAAUUAAAACGAGAAAGAAUACGGACCGGCAACCAAGGCAUCACCACUGCUCCACUGACUGAGGUGGAAAAAAAAAUUGUGUCGCUAAUAGGUGUUGAAUACACAUUUGGCACCGACUGCCCUGACUCUAUGCCAGAGGAAGAAACAUUACAACAUGAGGUGGAGGCUGGGGUAGAAAUGGUAGAAGUUGUUUGUUUGUCUCAAGGUAAUGAAUGCCAGUUGCUUGAGAUUGAGAGAAACAAAGCAUCGCCAGCACCACAAAUUAUAGCAAGUGGCAGCAGAGCCACACCUGUUGCUUCACCAGCACCCAAUCAGCAACAGGUGCAAGAAGUAACUCUGCAGUCAGCAGCACCACAAAUAACAGAGAGAGGCAGCAGUGCAGCAGCUCUCAUCACAACACCACCCACUGUACGACAGGAGAGGCCCAGAAGGAUAAGGAAUCUGAAUCCUCGCCGAUCUACUGCCGAGCAAGCGAAUAUAGCUAGGGAGGAUUUCCUGGCAGUUGCAAAAUCUAAUGCAGAUUCAAUGAGGGUAUCAUUAAGCCCUUUACCGAUGGUUCAGUCUCCACCCUGCACCUCCUUCGGGAUCAGGCAGCCACCCACGGCACUAGCUAAGAAAUGCAUAGCGCCAAUUGACUGGAUCUCCGGUGCAUUAUCACCCACUGCCCAAUACAAUCACAGUCACUCAGUCUUACACAGUCGACGAGUGAAAACGGACAUCAAUGCGUCAGCGGCUCGAGCAGUGUCGUCUGAUCAUCUCACUUUGAUACCCGAAAAUAAAACGCGUACAAGCAUGCCGUUCAAAGUUGUUCAAACCUUGGAGGGAAAGAAAUAUAAAUUAUUUACUAUUCCAUCGGGUUGGGAAUCUAACAAUAUUCUCAGAUAUCCAAAUAAAUGCAUAUCAAAGUAUUUAAAAGAUGAAAAUUCAACACCAACGCUAGACUGGGACGUAAUAAAAUGUAAAGUAAAACGGACCGAUGUAUUAAGCUACGAAAACGGAGAAAAGCUUGUAUCUGAAAUGCUGAAGCACAGUGAUACGGAGGACGAUGUCGAUAAUUAUACGCAGCGGCGACGUUCACAUAACAAAUCUUUAAAUCUGAAUCCAAUAGCACAAGAUAUGAUGGGCAAUGUUGUUUUGACUAACCGUAACACAGACAUAGCGUCAUCGUCCGCUGACUUGCCGAUUGAAUUAAACUAUAACUUAGUUUAUACCGAGGAUAUUCAAGCAAAUUCAACAAAUACAUCUCAAGUCUUUUCAAAUGAUACUACACCUUUAGUACAGGAUUCAGUAAGCUUUGACAUCAGUAAAAUGUUUGAGAACCAAAAACAAAUAUUAGAUAACCAAGCAACUAUUCUAAGCCAAAUUUAUCAAAAUCGACAGCAGCAACUGGAUAAUAACUCGGCAAUUAUCGCCCAGAUUCAGUCCCUAAAAAAUGUGCAAAAUAGUUUCAUUCAAAAGGUGUCUGCUUUGUCUGUGCAAAUGGAAGACGCAGUAUUUCAAAUAACUUCAUCGUAUAAUCAAGACGUGCAAACUUUAAAUAGCAGCAAAGGCCAUGUUGAAAAUAUUCCAAUAUAUGAAAAGCCAGUUGACAGCGCCCAGGAGUUAGAUGAACUCGAAAAUCAGUUAUCGGACCCAAACAAUAGAGACUGUUUGAAAAAUAGAUAUUCUAUACUUUGUUCUGGAGGUAAAGCUAUAGACUGUGCUUAUAUGCUUGUUGAUGUUAUGUUUACAAGGAAAUUUAUUUGUGAGUGCUCAUGGAGUGGGGGCAGCAGAGGUGAAGAUUUGAAAAUUCCUUUAAAAGGUUAUAAACAUGUCUUGUCUUUUUUCUGGAAUAUGGUGCACUAUUGGGAUCAGGAAUAUUCUUUAAAAAGAUAA